AUGGCGCCAUUGCCUCAAGAGCCUACUAACGCAAUAUCUGAAACGCCCAAGACCUCUCCCGAAGCGGUGGUAAUUUCUGGUAUAUCAGGCCUGCUGCCAGACUGCAAUAGUUAUGUUGAAUUCGCUGACAAGAUGUCUCAAAACAAAUUUACUAAAAAACGAUUUUGCCUAAUGCUAGAUUUGUGUAUGUGAUUAAUACAAAUUCUCUUUUAAUGAUAACUGCUUAAAAAUCCACUUCAUCCCUGGCACUCUGAGAUGGGGCUCGAAGUGUCGGCCAACGCCGGCGUCGCGGUAGUGUCCGUCGUGUGGAGUGGGAAGCCGAGCGCACCUCUAGCGCGCAAACUCUGCCGACUUACAAGAGAUUUUUGUGUUCAGAAAAGAGCAAUUAGAUCAAUUUAUAGUCUUAGGAUUAGGGACUCUUUAAAGGGGAAAUUUAAGGAAAUAGUCAUAAUGACUGUUGCAUCUCAAUACAAGUACGAGAGCUUAAUGUACGUUCGUAAAAAUAUUACUUUGUUUACAAUUUUAACACAAGAAAUAAGAAUAAAUUAACGGUGCCUGUCACUAGUCUCUACAAUAAGGUCAAAAGCAAAAUACAAUAGUUAGAUAUCAUGCAGUUUAAAUCUACUAUUUAAAAGUACGUAUUUAAAAACUGAAAGACCACAUUAUAAGACCAUAGUUUAUUUUCUCUCUAUUUAUAAUGUAUUGAUCUGGUAAUGACGAGGUAUUUGUGAAUGUCAUUACUCCCAUUAGAUAUGGUAGAUUCUUACUCGUUCUUCUUGUCAGCCAAAACACGUCCUGAACGAGUGGAAAAAAAUGUUGGACUGAUCUAAAGUACUUUUUGAAUAAAGAUUAUUUUAACAUUGACUUUGAUCAAAUACAAUAAAGUCCUGUUUUAUUUAGCAAAAUCUGGUGAAUGCCAGUCCUCGUUGGAAGAACUACAAGUAUCCAGAACUACCUGAAAAAUACGGAAGAAUUACCGGGUUGGACAGAUUCGACGCCCAGUUCUUUACCGUGUUUUACAAACUGAGUCAGGCACUCGAACCAACAGCUAAGAAAAUCAUUGAACAUACCUACCAAGCAAUAUACGAUGCAGGAGUUAAUCCGGUUGAACUAUGGGGGAAAAAAGUCGCAGUUUUCGUAUCUUACGGAUAUUGUGAGGAUGAAGAUAUAUCCUGCAAUUCAGAUGUACAGUUUGCGAUCAUAGGGUAA